AUGGUCGUUGGAGAGCAAAUGACCACAGACGAUGCUGGCCUUAUGGGAUUCGGAGAUACAUCACUGAUCCCAUUAAGGCCUUUUCCUUUCAUUUCAGAAGACAUGACUCUCUCAGAUCCGUUGUUGUGGACGUUGCCGUAUUGGCCCAGCGAGCCAGCAGGAUCUGGUACUCGGAUUCCGGCAUCAGAACUAACUCUUAUAGAAGAUGAAGAAAACCCGUUGAAGGAUAAGCUUUCGCGAAUUCGCGAUAGAUGGAUCAACCCGUCAUUCAAGCCUCCAAGUAGAAUACUCCAGGUGCACGGGGCCUCAGCUGCGUUCUUGACCCACGUUUUGAAGUGUUACCCAAAGAUGAUGGCUAGGGAUGGCAGUGUACCACCGAUGAUUCAUCGACUGCAAUUGACAAGCAGGACUGCUUUUGUACCGCUUGUAAAUUGCCUGGCUUGGACAAAGAUAUGGGAACACCGAACAGGAAGUGAUGAGGCAGUGUUGCUGAAUGCCAUGCAGGGUGAGCUUGAGAAGCUGUAUCAAGAGCAUCACCUAUAUGGUCAGGCCGACUUGCUGGCGGCGUUACAGGCAAGCUUGAUUUACUCGAUCAUAAUAUAUCUCGAGUCAAACAUGACGGUCAAAUAUGCGGCCCAAGUCUUGUUAGGCCAGCUUCAGGAGAUGGCAUAUCAUCUAUUGAUUACUGUAACAAUUCCCAAGGCACGCCCGUCCGGUGCGGUUCUUGACCAGGAGUCAUGGGUGAUUACUUCGGCAGCGCAUCGAACAGUCUUAGCGGUAUAUAUUUUCGAGUAUGUCAUCUGCUUGCUAAAUAGCCUUCCUGUUUACUCCUGUAAUGAACUCGAUUCUAUCCCAGCCCCAGUCUGCGGACGAUUAUGGGAGGCUCAGGGGUAUGGAACUUGGAGGGAUGAGUACGGUAAUUGGGCCAAGAUGUGGAAAGGAAGGGAAGUGGUGAUGGCCGAAUUACUGGAUCGCCAAGUGGAGUCGUACGCCUAUAAUAGGGUUGAGAAGUGGCUUAGUGAAGCAGAUGAAUUUGGGAUGUUGAUCUUCACUGGGUCACUGAUAUCUGCAAAGGGUUAG